CCGGAAGCAAGCAGCCGAGCAUUUUAGUCUAGCAGUCGGUUCUACACUACGAUAUGCUGGACUCGGAAAGCGACGAGAAGCCCGGCGCAUUGAGACAACGUCAACCGUAAUGGCGAAGCCGGGCUGGGCUGAAGCUGGUGGCGGCGCUCGUUAGCGGGUCUGCCGAUGAACGAAUUGGGUGUACCCCGACGCCCUGAGAAACGUUCCUGGUCGGGAGACGGAGUAGGUAGAUUGCCUCUAUUCCGAAGCCGGUUUACGUAUCACGGUUCAACUGGGUUGCACCUCGCUUAUGGCGCCCCGAGAUGAGAGGUCUGUCCGAUGGCGGGCAGUGCGGCCCUUUCUUGGGGUUGUUUUAGCUGCGCGAUACAGGUACGCGCAAUUAGAAAUGGUCGCGCGUGCCACGCGGAUGUGUGGAUGAGCAGACGAACUGGUGGUGGUUGUCAUAACGAAAGGAGCCUAGGGGAGUUACAGCAGAGGGGUGAAAGAAUGCGGGAUGGCAGGCUGGGAAACCCAUCGCAUCGUUACGCUGUCAUCAGCGUAUCGGUAGAGACAUUGACGGACAUCGUAUCGCUGACAUUACGAGAGGGGGGCCUUCCAACCCCCAACCGAGAUGCAUUCCUCGUGGGAGCAUAUGGCGAUCCGGUCCGUUGUGCAGAGCAAAUUCAGUCUGCUGAAGCCACCCUACCCUCUCCUGGCCUUUCGCUCAAGGUUUGCUCGAAUCGGAGGCAUCUCUGCAGUCCUGGUGACUGGCACUCGCGACUCACUUCCCUCCAGCACUUCCCUUUCUGUUUCUUUUUCCUCUUCCUCCCCACAGGUGACUGGCACGAGACGGCGCAGGUGAAGACGAAAAAUGAAAAUAAAUAAUAAAGUGAGACAGUUGACAGACAACGCGAACCCGAAAGUGGCCGGGGGUUGAAGAGCGUGUGCCCGCGCCUGCCGGUACUGCCGAGAACGGCAAGUGGCGGCGCGAACGGGAAAGACAAACAA